AUCUUCCUCGCAUCGUUGUCCUUCUCAGCACCUUCCAAAGACGAGGAGAAAGAGAGUGAGCAUGUCUUCCAUCAAGGACUCGCUGCACCAUGCUGUGGAGAGCCUCCACAUCUCCGGCGGAAGCGGCGGCCAAAAGGGCCCGCAAGUCUACGUCGACGAGGCAAAGGGGUCAGACACGACCGGAAAGGGGACAAAGGAAGCCCCCUAUGCCACGACGGUGGGUGCGAUGCUGGCGCUGGGAAGCGAGAUCUCGCUCUUUGUCAAAAAGUCAGGCGCCGAGGGGGACAAGGAAGAGGGAGGCGCCGAUGCCGAUGGCUAUGCACCCAUCUCCGGUGCCGGUCUGAAGAGGGCAAAGAAGGGCCUGGAGGCUGCGCAGAAGAAGAAGAAGAAGCAGGAAGAGGCUAGCUCCAAGACCCAAGACGCAGAGGAGACGGACGCAAAGAAGCUCGAGGAGAGCAAGAGCAUUGUCCUCGAAGAGCCAAAGGGCGAUUACCAAAAGAUCAAGAUCCGCCAGGGCAUUGAGACGCGAGACAAGCCGGUCAAGGUGCAGGGCUGGGUUCACCGACUGCGAUCGCAAAAGGGCCUCAUGUUCAUCGUCCUCCGAGACGGCACCGGGUUCUUGCAGUGUGUUCUGACGGGCAAGAACGUGCAGACGUUUGAUGCCCUUACAUUGACGCUCGAGAGCACCGUCGAGAUCAAGGGAACAAUCAAGGCCCUGCCCGAGGGCAAGUCGGCCCCGGACAACCACGAGCUCGUGGCCGACUGGUGGCGAUGCGUGGGCAAGGCACCCGGCGGAGAGGACGCAUUCACCAACAAGGUCAGCGAGGGUGCCGACCCGUCCAUUCUCGCCGACUCCCGCCACCUUGUCCUCCGUGGCGAGACGGCCUCGGCUGUGCUCAAGGUGCGCGCUGCUGUCCUGAGCGCGUUCCGGGAAGAGUAUGCGAGCAUGAACAUGCUCGAGGUGACGCCGCCGUGCAUGGUCCAGACGCAGGUCGAGGGUGGCAGCACACUCUUUGCAUUCGACUACUACGGACAAAAGGCCUACCUGACGCAGAGCAGCCAGCUGUACCUUGAGACGUGCCUUCCUUCGCUGGGCGACGUCUUCUGCGUCCAAGAGAGCUUCCGUGCCGAGAAGAGCCACACGCGACGCCACCUCAGCGAGUACACCCACCUCGAGGCCGAGCUGGGCUUCCUCGACUUUGACGAGCUCCUCGCCCACCUCGAGCAGCUGAUCUGCGGCACCAUCGAUCGCGUCCUGGCCAACGAGGCAUCGGCAGCGCUCCUGCAGCAGCUCAACCCGUCGUUCCAGAAGCCAACGCGGCCGUUCCGGCGGAUGGACUACCGCGAUGCCAUUGCCUGGCUCAAGGAGCACGACGUCAAGACGGACGAGGGCAAGGACCACGAAGUGGGCGACGACAUUGCCGAGGCGGCCGAGCGCAAGAUGACCGACGAGCUCAACGUGCCCAUCUUCCUCAUCAAGUUCCCCCGCGAGAUCAAGGCCUUCUACAUGAAGCGUUGUCCCGGCGACGAGCGAUUCACCGAGUCCGUCGACGUCCUCAUGCCGGGCGUGGGCGAGAUUGUGGGCGGGAGCAUGAGGAUGAGCGACUCAAAGGAGCUCUUUGACGCAUACAAGCACGAGGGUAUGGACCCCUCGCCCUACUACUGGUACACUGACCAGCGCAAAUACGGCACGUGCGAACACGGAGGGUACGGCCUGGGCGUCGAGCGCUUCCUGGCGUGGAUGACGAACCGGUGGACGGUGCGGGAAUGCUCGCUCUAUCCCCGGUGGACUGGCCGAUGCACGCCGUGAUUUUGUCACGCUAAGCGUGCCGGGAUCGGACAGAGCGACAGAGACCACUGGGAGAAAGAUGCUUAAUAGAGGUGGCGCAUUUGUCUGAAAGUGAAAGAAACACGACUGAGAAAUGAAUGAAUGGUACACGAAACGGC